GUCCCGGCGUGUGAGAGUUUGCAGAGAAUGGAGUUGCCGGUUUGUUUCUAUGAGGAGAGGCUGCGGCAGCAGGAGACAGAAAUCAAAUCCCUCGCAGCAGAGAUAGAAAGGCUGAAAAACUGUGGAUUUGUAAGUGAGACACCAAGCUUAGAGGGACUUAGGGAAGAGAACGCCAAGCUCAAAUAUCGGCUGAACAUUCUGCGUAAGAGCCUUUUGGAGGAAAAGAAGAAAUCAUCAAAAAGCAUGAUAAAUAUCAAUGCGCAGAUCCAAGAGAUCUUUGGCACAGCUAUAGGAGCUGCCUAUCCCGAACUGCAGAAUGCUCCUUUGGCAGUCACACCAAGCCAGCAGCCAAAAUUUGGGGAUUACCAGUGCAAUAGUGCUAUGGCCAUAACUCAGAUGCUAAAAGCUAUGAAUCAAAAAGUGAGUCCCAGAGAAAUUGCCGACAAAAUUGUUAAAAACAUUCCCACAAAUGAAUUGGUAGAAAAAGUGGACAUCGCUGGUCCAGGUUUUAUUAAUGUGCAUCUACAUAAAGAUUUUACAUCAAAACAGAUCUCCAAACUGCUUGUAAAUGGGGUCCAGCCCCCUGUAAUUUGGGAACGGAAAAAGGUUGUGGUGGACUUUUCUUCUCCAAACAUUGCCAAAGAAAUGCAUGUAGGCCACCUGCGCUCUACAGUUAUUGGUGAUAGUAUAUGUCGCCUUUUUGAAUUUGUGGGCCAUGAUGUACUGAGACUGAACCACUUAGGAGACUGGGGGACUCAGUUUGGAAUGCUAAUUGCUCAUCUCCAGGAUAAAUUUCCAGAUUAUUUGACCGUCUCGCCACCCAUAGGAGAUCUCCAGUCUUUUUAUAAGGAAUCAAAAAAGAGGUUUGAUGAAGAUGAAGAAUUUAAGAAGCGAGCUUAUCAAUGUGUGGUUCAGCUACAGAAUAAAACUCCUAAUUUCAUCCAGGCCUGGAACCUAAUCUGUGAUGUCUCCAGAAAAGAGUUUCAGAAAAUUUAUGACUGCCUGGAUAUCUCCAUCAUAGACCGUGGAGAAUCAUUCUACCAAGACCGAAUGAUCGGGGUUGUUAAGGAGUUUGAAGAAAAAGGUUUAGUUCAAGUUGAUGAAGGCAGAAAGGUUGUGUUUCCACCGGGAUGCUCGGUACCUUUAACAAUUGUGAAAUCUGAUGGUGGGUUCACCUAUGACACAUCAGACUUAGCAGCCUUAAAGCAAAGACUUCAGGAGGAAAAAGCUGAUAUGAUUAUCUAUGUUAUUGACAGUGGGCAGGCCAUCCAUAUGCAGAAUGUGUUUUCUGCAGGCCGAAUGAUUGGUUGGUACGAUCCCAAAGUAACUAGAAUUGAACAUGCUGGCUUUGGUGUGGUCCUUGGAGAAGACAAGAAGAAAUUUAAGACCAGAUCUGGUGACACAGUGCGCUUAAUAGAUUUGUUGGAUGAAGGGCUUAAGCGGUCAAUGGAAAAGCUUAAAGAUAAAGGAAGGGAUAAGGUCUUAACUGCUGAGGAAUUACUAGCUGCUCAAACAUCUGUUGCCUUUGGCUGCAUAAAGUAUGCAGACUUGUCUCAUAACAGAAUGAAUGACUACAUCUUCUCAUUUGACAAGAUGUUGGAUGAUCGAGGGAAUACAGCUGCUUACCUUCUUUACGCCUACACCAGAAUAAGGUCCAUAGCAAGGUUGGCGAAUAUCAGCGAUGAGGACUUGCACAAAGCUGCCAAAGAAACAGAGAUCAUUUUAGAGCAUGAAAAGGAGUGGAAGCUAAGCAAAUGCAUUCUAAGGUUUCCUGAGAUACUGCAGAAGAUCUUGGAUGACCUCCUGCUCCACACUCUGUGUGACUACCUGUAUGAACUGGCUACCACCUUCACUGAGUUCUAUGAUAACUGUUACUGUGUGGAAAAGGAUCGGCAAACUGGUCAGAUCGUUAAGGUGAACAUGAGCCGGCUGUUGCUUUGUGAUGCCACCGCUGCUGUUAUGGCCAAAGGUUUUGAUAUUCUGGGCAUCAAACCUGUACAGAAAAUGUAAUUCAGGGCCCAUACAACAUGACAGAACCUUACUUUUCUAAAACUCCACAAAUAAAAAGAUUUACUGAAAAA